CUCGUUUCCACACAACACAUCCCAAGAAACAAAAGCUCUACAUUCAAUUUAAUGAAGCCUUCCUUGUUUUCCCUCUUCGUUCUCUUUGCCUUCUUCACUUCUUUAACAACAGCCAAGUUUCUCCUUGACAGUCAAGGCGAACCCAUUGAGAAUGGUGGCUCAUACUACAUCCUUCCACAUAUCUGGCCAAUAGGCGGUGGCUUGGAUCUCGCCAAGACUGGAAAUGAAACUUGCCCUUAUAGUGUUGUGCAACUUCCAUAUUCCAUUGAUACCGACUACGGCUUGCCUUGGAUAGUUACGUCCCCAUUAAAAAUUAGAUACAUCACACCAAGCAUUAAUGUGGACUUCUUCUCUGUUGAGGGAAAGGUACCAUCCUGUGUUCUUGUGCCGUCCAAGUGGACUAUUGUUGAAGAAGAUGGGGUGAAGUCCGUGAAAAUCAGUGGUGGGUACGAGAAAACUCUGCAGGGUUCGUUCAGGAUUCAACCAUAUACUCUCUUCGCUUAUAAGAUUGUGUUCUGUCCCCUUAAUGGUGAUUCUUGCAGAGAUCUUGGGAUUGCCAGAGGCAAUGAUGGAAACUCGCUUUUAGUUAUCACUGAUGAUUAUCUGCUUAUUGCUGUGUUCAUCAAAGCUGAAUCAUAUAAUGCACGUAGAGCCUCUAUCAUGUGAAGUGUAGUCAACUAUGAAUAAGUAAUGCGCAGGAUUAAGCUUAGCAAGUUCCUUGCACUUUGUGAUAAUUAAAUAAAAUUGCACUUCAAGUGGCUCUCUC